GUUGAAAACGGUUGAAACGCUGGUCCAGCAUGAAAUACGCAAUUGUUCUAGUACUCGGUGUGCUACUCGCCACAACUUUGUUAUGUGAUGGCCAGAAGACGAAGAACAAGCUAAAGUCGAAGAAUAAGGUAAAGACCACUGUGGCGCCACAGCUGGCAAGGCUAGACUUGCAAAAGGCCGAGCCAUGCUCUGCAGCAAAGUGCAAGCUACCCGAUUGUCGUUGCUCUGAUGCCACAUUGCCACGACCAAAGUUCAAGGGCAAGGAACAGGAAAUUCCUCAGUUUGUUACUAUAACCUUCGAUGAUGCCGUGAAUGCCGUCAACUAUGCCCAAUACGAUCUGCUCUUCGAUGGCCUGACCAAUCCCGAUGGCUGCCCAGCCACAGGCACCUUCUUCCUCUCCCACGAGUACACAGACUACGUGCGUGUGAAUGCCUUGUACAAUGCUGGUCAUGAGAUUGCCCUGCACUCUGUGACCCAUGGUGAUGGUACGGACUACUGGCGUGAAGCGGAUAUUGACACGAUCGAGAGCGAGUUCGGAGCCCAGCUGCAGAUCUUAGAGACUUUUGCCAAGGUCGAUCCGAAGAAGAUUCAGGGCAUGCGUUUGCCCUUCCUUCAAAUCUCUGGAAAUAAAACUUUUGAGGCUGUGAAGAGCUUGGGGCUCACCUACGACAGCUCAUGGCCCACUCAGCAGUUUAAGAAUCCACCCAUGUGGCCAUAUACCCUAGACUAUUUGUCCGUGCAGGAUUGCCAAAUUGGCCCGUGUCCCAAUGCUGAGUUGCCUGGUGUCUGGGUGAAUCCUAUGGUCACAUGGACUGAUACUGAGGGCUACAGUUGCUCCAUGAUCGAUGCCUGUGCUUAUCCUCCCGCUGAUGAAAUUGAUGCGUUGUUCGAAUGGAUGCUCGAAAACUUUAAUCGCCAUUACCAGAGUAACCGGGCUCCCUUUGGAAUGUAUCUACAUGCCGCCUGGUUUUCCCGAGGACGCAACAAUUUUGCCGCCUUCAAGAAAUUCGUGCAUCAUCUUUCCACCUAUCCGGAUGUCUAUAUGACGGGCAUUUCACGCAUGUUGGAGUAUGUGAAGAAACCGGUGCUGGGAGAACCCUUCAAGAGCUGUGAGGUCAAACCGAAGACUCAAUGCCAGGCAGUUCAUUGUAAUGUCCAGAAGACUUCGACUGGGGAGAUCCGUUACAUGAGCGUCUGCGACAAGUGCCCAAUUGUGUAUCCCUGGUUGAAAAAUCCAUUGGGUCUGGAUAUGUAAAUGUUACAGACGUGGUAGGCAAUAAACACUGUACAAUAAUGCA